UUCGAAAAUGCAUCUCAGCCCAUUCCUACAUUUCGAAAUUACUGCUGCUGCUCCCCUCUGCGACCUAUAUUUGGAAAAAUCGUUACGGUUUUUUUAUUGUUUACGCUAGUAGAACGCAAGCAUUUCGCUAUAACCUCAAAAGUAUACAACAGUUUCCGGGAUUUGUAAAAAUAAUAUCGAAAAACCGAAAGUGGCUGCAUGAAUUGCAACUUGACAGAUAAAUUAAUUUGGACAAUCCAAAACAAAAAACACAGGAGUGAUUUGCAUAGACAUUUUUCAAAUGAAUAAUUUUUCUCCAUUCCAUCGUGCUCAUCAUCUGCGUCAAUUAUUGAUAAUCCUCUGAAAAGUUUUUCUGGAGGUAUUUCGACGAAAUCAUCGCAAAUUUCAUCCGAAUCGCAUUGAUUUCUCUCGUACAAUCAAUGGUUUGAAUCCGUGUUGGUUUUUUGAUUCGCUAUUUUUGAAGAAUUCGGGUUUUCCGUGCAAUUUAUUGAAUGCCAAAGUUUAUUUCUGGAUAAAAAUUCCAGGAGUUAGUCCUUUAGGUCUUCGUUCAACGAACCAUAUUGGUACACUGCCUUUUCCAAAGGAUCAUAAGUAGACCAAUGGGAGCGUCAGGUAUCAAACAUUUUAUCAUAAUUUGGAAUCUUCGGUUCUUGCGUUACCGAUUGCCGAAACAAAAGAGCUUCGAAAAUUCGCCACUAUGAACGCUUGAUUCUUUCCCUCCUCUCUAUUUCUUAACGGUCACUUCACUAUUUGAGGAUCACGAGUUUUGGCGCCAAAGGAGCUUCUUUUACACGUUGCCUCUUUUACUUGUAACCGUUUAUCGCAUAGUGUGCCAACAACGAAUUUUAUAAUGCCGGCGAGAAAAGCAGCGAAACGAGCAGCCGCUCUUCCAGCCAAAAGCCACAAACCAGCCAAAAUAAUAAAACAAAAGAACGUAGCUGAAAUUUUGCUGAACCCAGACUUAAGAACUUACCAACAUGGAGGAAUGGUAUUGGCGGUUGGACAAGGUGACGUUGGCCAAUUGGGCCUGGGAACAGAGUACAUGGAAAAAAUGCGGCCAGCAGCUGUACCAGGAUGUCAGGAUAUUGUAUGCAUUGCCGCGGGUGGUAUGCACAGUGUAUGUUUAACCAAAGAUGGCACUGUAUUGACAUUUGGAUGUAAUGAUGAGGGCGCUUUGGGACGCGAUACAUCGGUCGAAGAUUCGGAAACUACCCCCGCUUUGGUACAGUUGGAUGGAAAAGCUAUCCAAGUUACAGCUGGAGAUUCACAUAGCGCCGCUCUCUUGGAAGAUGGACGAGCUUUCGCAUGGGGUUCUUUUCGGGAUUCCCAUGGAAACAUGGGACUGACUCUAAAGGGAAACGAACGUAUCCCCGUGCAGAUGUUACCGCGUGAGAAAAUAGUGAAAAUUGCAUCAGGUGCGGACCAUCUGAUAUUCUUGACGGAUCAUGGCCAAGUAUAUACCUGCGGUUGUGCUGAGCAAGGGCAGCUAGGAAGGAUAUGCCCGCGGAGUGCUGAUCGUCAUGGUCGCCGAGGGGUUGCUCCGCUGUUAACACCGCGUCUCGUACAAUUCAAUCGAUCGAAACAUUCGCGAGCGGAGGAUAUUUGGGCGGGAUCGUAUUGUACGUUCGUCAAAAUUCACGAUACCGAAAAUAUUCACGUAUUUGGUCUGAACAAUUAUCAUCAAUUAGGCUUAUCAGAAACAGGGACACAAGCGUUUCCAUGCAAAUCCGAAACGUUCGAUGGUCGUAAAUGGAAACACAUAAGCAGUGGACAACAUCACACUUUGGCCCUUGACGAAACAGGUCAAGUUUUUGUUCUCGGACGUAAAGAAUACGGUCGUCUCGGACUCGGAGACACGUGCGAGGAUGCGAAGGAGCUCACGCUUGUGCCGAGCCUUGCUGACUUGAAAUGCAUCGACGUCGCAGCAGGAAGCGCCCAGUCGUUUGCUGUUACGGAAAAAGGAGACUUGUACGCCUGGGGCAUGGGAAGCAACGGCCAAUUGGGAACCGGUGAAGAGGACGAUGUCUCGAUUCCAACCGUUAUCAGAGGCAAAUCGUGGAUGAAGGACAAUAAAGUCGUUGUUCGUGUCGUUGGCGGAGGACAGCAUACUCUUAUUCUGGCAGGUUCCCCAGAAAUGAAAGAAGAACCUGUUUCACCUCCGUCCUAAGACAAUCAAAGAAAUCAUAUUUUUAUGCGGUGUCUAGGGAAAAAAACCUUCGACAAUCUCGAAACUUCUUGCGUUGAGGGGAGGAUCUUCGAGAACAGCCUUUUUUUAAUUCUUGUUCAAGAUAAAACAUCAAACGCCUAGCGAUAAUUGUACUUUGCAUGCCGAUACAGAUUGCAAUUGUAUCGAAUCGUUACGAAUGAUAUUCUUUAUUUUCUCGUUCACAUGAAUAACUGUGAUCAAUAUCGGAAAUUGCAUGUCCGAGAUAAAACAUCGUUGCAUGAAGAGUUGAAGUGUGUUGGUGUGUAAAUAAGCGUAAUUUUUAUAGAUAGUGAAAUAAAAGUUGAAAAAUGUUUCAUCGAAAUACUUAAUAUAAAUACUGAAUAAAUCAGUACGUUGAGCACAUACUACAUUCGUGAAAAAAUCAUUGGUUUCAAGUGGACAAAGCAGAAUUGAUUUCGAUUACCUAAGCUAUUCAUUUAAUCAAUUGUUUCUAGUUACUGUUCAUAACUACGAUUAGUUUGUAAGUAUUAUUGUUCGUUUAUUUAUAAAUUUAAUUAGCUAAUCGAAUAAUGGUCGAAGCGAGGAAGCUUGGUGAGAUAUUUUGUUCAAGAGUCUCACAAUUUUAGGACAAAAUUAAGAUCGCUUGAUCGUACGCAAGUUAUCGUUCUCUCGUUGCAUUAGUUCUAGAACCCACGAAUCUGGAACCUUCAAAAAUUUUGUAGGAAAAUGUGAAAUUGUUUUUUUCUCAUCUGUACUGCGAAUCUUUUGGAAUUUGUUUUAAAAUAAAUUUGAAUUUUUACAUACUCAA